AUCGAAGGAGGGUUCGAGCCACCUGGCCGCCACGCCGGCCAAUAGGCACACAGGCGCCAAAAUUCUUAUUUCUUUUUGCGCGUCUACGCCCCGGCCUGCGCCGCCUUCCCGGCGUGCACCGCGCUCCCGCCCGGUGUUGCCAACCUGGCCCAGUCCCCCCUCCCCCCACGACGGCCCCGCCCCCGGACCCCGCCCCCGGACCCCGCCCCUGGGCCCCGCCCCCGGGCAGGCAGAGGGCGCGGGACAGGGAUCGGGACCGGGACCGGGACCGGGAUCGGGAUCGGGAUCGGGAUCGGGAUCGGGAUCGGGAUCGGCCCCGGCCCCGGCCCCGGCCCCGGCCCCGGCCCCGGCCCGGCCGCAGCAUGGGCGGAUGGCGGGACAUGCCCGCGGAGGUAGGGCCCGGGGCGGGCGGGUGCGUUUCUCCCGUCGCCGCCGCCCGCCGCAGCCGGUGCCGCCCGCAGGCGCUGGAGGAGCAGUACUCGCCCAGCCGCUGGUCCCGCCGCCUGGGCAGCGACGCCGUCAUCCAGGCCCACAUGGCGGCCACGGCGGCAGGAACCCGGCGGGCCCGGGCCGGCACCCAGACCGCGCUGCACGUCCCCUACGGCGACGGGGACGGGGAGAAGCUGGACAUGUACCUCCCGGCGGACGCCGCGGGCACUUUCCCGGUCCUGCUCUACAUCCACGGCGGAUACUGGCAGUGCCUGAGUAAAGAGGAGUCGGGGUUCGCAGCCCCCCCGCUGGUGUCGCGGGGCGUGGCGCUGGUGGCCGUGGGCUACGACACGGCGCCCCGAGGCCACAUGGACGCCAUGGUGCUGCAGGUGCGGCGCAGCGUCGUCUUCCUGGCGAAGCGGUUCCCCGCAGCCAGGGGCAUUUACCUGUGUGGACACUCGGCAGGGGCCCACCUGGCAGCCAUGGUGUUGUCCACGGACUGGACAGGAUAUGGAGUGGUGCCGGAUAUCAAAGGAGCUGUGCUGGUGAGCGGCGUGUACGACUUGGAGCCCAUCCUGCACACCUACGUGAACGACGCGCUGAACAUGAGCCGGGAGGUUGCCUGCAGGAACAGCCCCCUGCUCUGCGUGCCCCCGGCAGCGCCUGCAGCCUGUGAGGUGCUGGUGGCCGUGGCCCAGCACGACUCCCCGGAGUUCCGCCGGCAGUCGCGGGAGUACGGGCAGGCCCUGCGCGCAGCCGGCUGGUCCGUCUCCAUGCUGGACCUCGCCGGCGUCGAUCACUUUGACAUCGUUGAGAAGCUGUCGGAGGACAGCUAUGUCCUCACCCAGGUGAUUCUGAACUUGAUUUCAAGAGCUUGAUGGCAUGUCGGGAGCAAACCAAGCUGGGAACCGCAGGCCAGCAUGACAGUGGCCGGCAGCCUGCCUGCGCCCUGCCUGCACCCUGCCGGUGUCCUGCCUGCAUCCUGCCCGCACCCUGCCUGUGUCCUGCCUGCACCCUGCCUGCAUCCUGCCCGCACCUUGCCGGUGUCCUGCCUGCACCCUGCCUGCGCCCUGCCGGUGCCCUGCCUGCGCCCUGCCCACAU